UACAACCUCCCUAACAGGCAUACACAGAUCGACAUGAGCAAAAGACAGAUAUCUGACAUAUUCGAUGCUCCUUACAACCGUGUAAAUCUCUCCACUUCGACCGCUACUUCCUCUUCCACCCUCCUCUCCAACGUCCGAGCCGAACGCGCCGCUCGAGAGCAUCGGAGAAGGGAAGCAGACGCCGCUCUCAAGAUUCAGAAACUAUGGAGAGGCGGUGUAUUCAGGAAACAGCUGCAAGAGCAACUUCUAGAUGAUUAUGAAGCCGGUCGGUUGGGACCUAUGGGGGGACGAAUGCAGACCAGAGCUGUAUGGUUCUUAUUACGUACUAAGGUGUAUGAUGAGGAGAGAGUGGCGAGGUUUGUCGGAUCGUGGCUGGCCGAAGGAAUAAAACCUGACGAAAAGGGUUUGCCAUUGAUACUGCAACCCUUGAGGAAUGGUCUUGAAUACCUUUUCAUUAUAGGCGCAAUUUCUUCUGGGGUUGUGAGACUCUGCUUCGGCACACCCACAAAAGCAUGGGUGGGGGUUUUGUUGACUAAUUUGGAGUCGUUGAUCAGUCCAAUUGCCUACGCCCCGUUGCAAUUUCCGGUCCAAACCAAGAAAGUGCUGGUCUGCGUUUUAGCGUUAACGAAAUACAUAGAAUGGUUAGUGAGAUUAAUGGAAAAACUGAUUGAUGUUACUCUUCCCAAAAAGAAACAUCCGUUUUUACUUCCCGUCGUUCGCCUUAUAACUGUUCCAUUCACUUUAAACCUUUUCUUCGAAGAUUUUCCUCUUUGCCAACCUGUUCUCGCGUGGCUUUUAACCAUUCCCGCCCUCCCAGCUGCCUUACCUUUAUCGGCUCUGACUUAUCUCUCUCAGAAACUCCCACUCUUCCAAGCUAUCAUCCCUACGACAGUCACGAGACAAUCCUGGCUUUCCUCUGGUCGACUUGCUACCGAGAUAGGCAAGACACAUUUUCUGGCAAACCUCGCUCUCUUUGGUAUUUCUGGCACUCUUCUCAACCGUCUAGGCCCUCGUCAGUUCAUGGCUUGGAUGAUUAUUUCCGGUGAGGUCCUCGGCUCGCUUGGGGAGGGUUGGGGUCCUUGGGUUGAGGGACAAGUCGAAGAUAAGAUAAUCAAGACCUAUCGACCUAUCGUGAGUGUAGACAGUGAUGACGAAGACGAGUCUGCAGACAUCAAAACUGCAGCUAGAACCUUUAAAGCUCCCAUACCGGUCAGAAGACGACGCCCGAAUCGUAGUCCACUUCCAGCGAGUAUAUCAACCCGACUUGCCCUUCUCGCUUCACCUCAACAUCUCUCACUCGUAUUUGAUAAAGCUAUAGCGGUGAAUAUGACCACACCGCCUGGAUUAAUGGCUAAAAUAUCACCAUUCUUCUUGGGACUACUACAUGCCUUCAGAGGGACGGCCAAAUGGGAGCUCAUCCUUGACACCUUUCUCGCAGGAAAUAGAGGACGUGUGAUUGUCAAACGUUUGUGGUUUGAGGCUGUUCAGGGACGUUGGUCGGACAGUGCGGAUUAUAAAUGCUGGGACAAGUUUGCCGAAAAUCGCGAUAGAAACCCAUUGAUACUCUUGACUCAACUAUACUCUCGAUAUCUUGUUCUCACUCCGGACGAUGAAUUUUUCUCCACUGCAAAUCUUCUUUCGAUUCCCGAGGUUAUGGAAUUGUCGGCUGUAUGGCGCAAUCUGGCUUACUGGGGUUAUAUGAGCGGUGUCGCCUAUCCCUCCAAUCCUAGUAGUAUCGGAAGAGGUACCGAACACCAUCGAUCUCUUUUCACCAAAAUAGUCACUCAACUGGCUGAAAGAAAUGCUCGGAGGAAAUUUACGGCGGAUAAUUUCUGGGACAUGCCAGGGGCCCGCGAUCUACCAGCGUUCGUGGUUGCUGCGGUAAUCGAAGACUCUCAGUUGGCCGAAUUUGAUCCAGCAAAUCAAGAACCACAAGGUCGUCCCGUACCAGACGUGAGACAUCAUUUCAGCAGACGACAAAUGGCAUGGGUUUCUCCACGAUUGGGACUACUGAACAAUCUACCCAUGGCGGUCCCUUUUAUAAUUCGGUUGCAAGUGUUCCGAGAAUUUAUCAUAACUGACGCGCACGAGUUUGGACAUGACAGAUAUUCACGUCGAUCAGGCAAGGCCACCAUCCGUAGAGAUCAUCUCGCUCAAGACGGGUUCGAUCAACUAAACGAGCUUGGUUCCGCUCUCAAAGGUACCAUCGUUAUCAAAUUCGUUGAUCAGUUCGGACAAAGAGAGGCAGGUGUAGAUGGUGGUGGUCUUUUCAAAGAAUUCCUUACCAACCUUUCUAAGGAAGUCUUUGACACUGAAAGAGGAUUAUGGCUGGCCACGGAUCAAAAUGCUUUGUAUCCGAAUCCUCAUUCUUACGCUGUGGAACCACACCAAUUACAAUGGUAUGGUUUCAUCGGCCGCAUGCUAGGGAAGGCAAUCUACGAAGGUAUUCUUGUGGAUGUUUCAUUCGCCCCGUUCUUCCUGGCGAAAUGGCUAGGUAAACAAAGUUACUUGGACGACUUAAGUUCGUUAGAUCCAGAAUUGUAUAAGGGUUUGAUCAUCCUCAAAAAUUAUCCCAAGCCAGAAGAUCUCGCUCUCAACUUCACCGUCACUCAACAAGAGUUUGGAACUACACAAACGGUCGACCUCGUUCCGGGCGGCUCAGAGAUUCCCGUCACUGCUGAGAACCGACAUGAAUAUAUCCAACUGGUCUGCAAGUACAAACUUGACCAGCAGAUCUCAGCGCAGAGUAAGGCGUUCUUCAAUGGUCUUGCUGAGGUCAUCGACCAAAAGUGGCUCAGGAUGUUCGAUCAGCAUGAACUGCAACAGCUCAUUGGAGGCGAGGAGACACCGAUUGACAUAGAUGAUCUUCGAGAGAACAGUAACAUCACCGGAUUCAUACAUAACGAGACUGUCCCAUUAUUCUGGAAGGUGGUCAGGCAAUUCAACGAGGAGGAACGGAGAGCUCUGUUGAAGUUUGUGACCAGUUGCGAGAGACCCCCACUGCUUGGUUUCGCUAAUCUCAAUCCGAAAUUUGGUAUUCAUUCCAGCGGAACCAAUACUGAUCGUCUGCCAUCUGCCUCUUCAUGCUUCAACCUCCUCAAGUUACCGGAAUACACCGACGAGAGGGUGCUCCGACAAAAACUGCUGCAGGCCAUCACAUCCGGCGCCGGAUUCGACUUAUCAUAAAUCCUCUUCUCAUGUCCCCCUCUUCUGAUUUGCUUUCAUGCCCUUAGAUUAUGCGAAAUUCCACCCCACGAUCGGUACUCUGCUCCACCUGAAUUGUUCCACCUGGUUGAAAAUGAAAUGUUGUUCAUACAUCGUGCAUGCAUUUCGGUUUUAAAGAAGG